UUUUUGUUGACAAAAGAUGGCGCUGUUUUCCUAUGCUUAAAAAUAUCGUUUUUUUCCGGGUACAAAAUUAGGAAUGUUGGAACGAGUUACGAGUGUAGGUACCUACCGUGUUUACCGCCAGCCAAAGCGAUUGGGUACUCUCACAAAUUUUAGGCAGAAUGAUGGUCAUGGUCACAACAAUGUCUGUGUUGGGUUCCCUGAUGGUUUGGCUUGGAUACCACAACUUCCUGGAAUCUGACAGCAACCACACAAGUACUACAGACGCUCGAAGUCUGGAAGAGGACUUCUCUUCGGGUCAGAGCAAACAGCAUGGUAAACCUCAGAAUGUACAGAGUGUUCCGAAAUUGCAUACAGUUUUAUUAGAUGAAAGGGCUGCUAAGUUUUUAAAAGAAAUGGUAUAUAACCAACAGCAAACAAACAGCCCUCAGUUGCAGAAUAUUAAAAGUUUACCUCAGGUUCUGUUAGAUGCUAAGGUGAAUAAUGUCUCAAAAGACAAGAUUCAGGACAAACAGCAAGCAAAAAUUUCUAGGGUACAGAGUGACCCAAGUUUGCCUAGAGAUCUGCUGGAUGAUAGGGAUAUUUUGAAAGAAAAUGGUCAAAACAAAGAAAAUAAGAAAAUUUCUCAAGUACAAAAUGUUUCAAGUUCAACUCCCGUUCAGCUGGUUGAUAUGAAUAAGAUUUCAAUACAGAUUCAGAACAAAGAGCAAACAACAGUUCCUUUAGUACAGAAUGUUACAAAUUUGCCUCCAGUCAUGGUAGGCAAUAAAAGUAAGAUUUUGACAGAUGAGAUUUGGAACAAAGAGCAAACAAAAACUCCUCCAGUACAGAAUGUUUCCGGUUCACAUCCAGUUCCACUAGACAUUGUGAAUAAUUGGGUUUUGAAAGUCAAGGAAACUGAGAGAGAGACUUCCUUUGAGAAUGAUAAGGCUUUGAAAGUUGGGGAAAUCAAGAAAGAUUCUCUUGGGGAGAAUAAGGAUUUACAAGUUGGGGGAACCAAGAAAGAUACACAUUCUCAUAUGGAGAAUGACAAGGCUUCAAUUGUUGGGGAAACUGGGACAGAUUUACAUUCUCGUACAGAGAAUGACAUGGUUCUAAACGUUGGGGAUACUGAGAAAGAUGUAGAUUCUCAUUCAGAACAACUAAAAAUAGCAGAGGCUAGGUUCCUUUUAGAUCUGUUUGAUAAUUAUUCAAGUAAUCAAAAGCCAGAAAUAAAAACAGGCUUCCAUGAUAUAUUUAAGAAAAUUCCAAUAGAGGAUAAGCACUCAGACUCUAAAGAAACCGAUGCAUUGUUUGAGGAUAAUCACACUUACAAGGAUGAUCAACUGAAAGUGCAUGAGAAAUUAAAGACUUUUAAAGGUGCACGUAAUGAACACCAGUUUUCUUUGCUAGAUGUAUUGAAACUCCCAACAUUUGGUGGAUACAAGUUACCUCACUUAGAUGUAAGGAAGAAUCCCCCCAAUAAUUCUCUUUAUGUUCUGUAUUCUCUUGCAAGUUUUGUAGAGUAUGAAAAUGCUGUAGAAAACAAUCCUAUAGUCUUAGAGUCCACAACAACUGAAAAGGCAGUGACUACAAGUAUACCUGUUGUAUCUAAUGUACCACAGCUGAUAAACAAAAGUACUGAAAUUAAGGGACCACAAGAAGUAAACAACAGUACUGAAAGUAAGGUACCUCAAAGAACAAACAAUAGUACUAAAAGUAAGAUACCACAUGCAGCAAACAAAAGUACUGAGAGAAAGGUACCACAACUAUUAAACGAAAGUACUGAAAGUAAGGUACCACAACCAGUAAAUAAAAGUACUGAAAGUAAGGAUGAUGAAGUAACCAGUGGUGCCAGCGAAAGUAGUGUUGUAGUAGAAUCGCUCUCAGAUAAAUACAUGAGCCAUCUAGGAUGGGAAGCUCGUGCUGCAAUUGGAGUUUCGGUAGUUGUAAUAAUUUUAUUAUUGGCAUCCAUAAUAAUAUUUGUAACUUGCUAUUGUAAACGGAGGAAGAGGCAUAUGCAGCAUAGAGAGAAAAACGUCUCUAGUAAUGAAGGAACUUAAACUUUAGUGUGCUUACGUGUGCAAUAUAGCCUGUUGGUUGUCUUUCACAAUUUUUUCUUAUUGUUUUUUAAAUGAUUGAACAUUAGGAAAAUUCUUCCAUUUUAGAUUCAUUGUAGAUUUUAUAUUUUAUUAACAAAUUUAUGUUAUAUAUUUUAUAUAUUUUAAGUUGUAACUUAGUAUAUUUUAUGUAAGGUAAUAAUUUUAUGAUAUAUCAAAGAAAAUAAAUUAAUUGUUAUUACUUGUAAUUUAAUUUUAACAGUUUUGUAUAUAUUUGUUGGUUGUACAAUUGUCAUGUUUUAUUUGCAAUAGGAAGGAGUUACUGAAUUACAGUUAAGAGAAUUGUGUACA